AUGAAUGAAGACGCGGCGGGGACUUGUAAAGCUCUCUGGCCAGUGCGGACCCCACGGCUCGCGCCCAGCGAACCCCGCGGACCCUGCGCGCCCCGAGAGCGCGAGGCUGCUGCAAGCGUGCGCGGGCUCAGCGCCUCACCGGUCACAUCCCCGGGAGCGGGCUCAGUGCCUCCCAAGCCGCAUCCUCGGGCGCAUGGCCUCGGAGCCUUGCUGACUUUUCCCCACUCGCGGGUGCUGUCCCUGCAAUUUGAGGACUCGGCACACGGGCCAAUCAGCUUCCUAGGAGGAGGAGUUGUUGUCCUCCCAUUGGUCAGACGAGCCCACGCAGUUCGCCCACGCAGUGUGAAGAGCCCAGAGACUCAGUCCAGCCCUGCUGCUGCUGCUUUGGCUGUGCCCGCGGAGGAAGUGGCUCCUUUGAGCUCUAAGGAGUUCAAGUGCUCUAAGAUCCAACUUGGAAGCGCGCACUGCUGUUCCCAGGCUGUGUCUCUGAUCCCUCACUCGCAAUCCCCAUCAGCUCAGCCUGGAGGCAUCACCCACUGUGCGGGCUUCGCCAUCCAGACUCAAGCCAUCAUGAGUUCAAAGAUUCGCAGAUCCCAGAAUGAUUCAUCCAGUGAGCGGAAUAAUAUGACAGAGGAGCCGAUUUUCUCUCUGACAUGUCAGGUCAAGAAAGAGAAAACGAAGGACUCUGCAUAUGAUCCAAAAAAAAAACCUGACACCCAGGACCAAGGGCCCAAUGAUUUGAAAAAAAAGCUUUUAAUUCAGGUCGAGGGAGACAGAAGGACAAUUGAGCACGUAUGCAGCGCGAAGGACACCUUAUACGAGGCACUGCAGCAUGUUGGAGCUCUCCAAGCAAAAAUGAACACUCAGAGUGGCAAGGAACUGUUGGUGCAUGGCACAGAUGGCAUUAAAGCUUACAUACACCCUGCAAUGCCCCUCAGCUGUUUUCCUGAUGUCACUCAUUUGGAAAUUAGCUUUCAGAGUGGGCAGAAAGAAAACCACCUGUUUCUGGGCCAGUCUCACAACUUUGACACCAACUGUGUCAAAUUUUAUAUACAUGCAGUUGGGAAGAAUGGAAAACGGAUUGUUCAGUGCCGGAAACUUAACAAGCAAGGGAACAAACUCUGUAUUUGGGGUUUCAAAGGAGAAACCAUUAAGGAGGCUUUGUGUCGGGAUGGCAGGUUUCAGUCCUGUCUGGAGAAUAAUGUUUGGAAACUCGUGAAAGACCUGGACAGCAUUUUAGAGAGCUCCCAGCUCGUGGACGACCUGGAGGGCAAACACUUUGAGGUUGAGUUUGAGAAAAGGAGGAGAUCAAGGUCAGCCAGUGCUCAGAACUUUGAGUCACGAGAGAGAAACACAGGAGCAAGUAUAAACCUGUACCCUGAUUUAAAAGCAGAAAGUGAAAAGUUCAGAGAAUACUUUGAGAAGGAAGUCAAGGGAGCCAGAGAAAAAGCCAAAGUGCACAAGUUUCUUUAUAAACUCGGCCGCUCUGUCGGGUACCUCUCAUGGGACCACAGGGGAAAAAGGGGCUAUGCCACUUGCUUUGUUUUUCACAAGCAGUUCAUUUUCACUUGUUGGCAUGUGAUAAGAGAUAUUGUGGGAGAGGAAGUAGAUCAAACUCUUUGGGCAGGCAUAGUUAGUCGGUGUGUAAAGGUGUCAUUUGGUUAUGAAAUGGCCAUGCCGAAGGAAGAGGAAUGCUUCUCUGUGGACCCUUGGUUUGAGGUAGCUGAUGAAAGUCUUGAUUAUGCUGUUCUGAAACUGAAAAUAGAGAACGUCCAAGUUCCUGAUGGACUCUACAAGGUACUGAGUCCUGCAGCAUUUGGUAGCUUAAGAUAUAUAAUUGGUCACCCAGAAGGAAAGCCAAAGUGUACGGAAUCUUGCCUUGUGAUUCCUCAGGCUCAGCGAAAGCAGGAAUGUCCGGCUAGGCAGACACAGCUUCCGUUUGUCCACAUGGUCACUCGAAGGAGUUUUCCAGAAAUAAGUGAUAAUAACGAUGUGAUUAUUUAUCACAGCUCCUUUUUCUUUGGGGCUUCUGGCUCCCCUGCGUUUAAUGCAGAGGGUUCGCUGGUGGGCAUGCAUGCCGCUGGUCUGAGUUUGAACCUCCAUGGAAAUAGUCCUACACUCAUUGAGUUUGGCCCUUGUAUACAUUCCAUUCUUAGUCAUAUGGAGCAGAACUUUACUAAUCGGUAUCUAGAAAUAGCUGCCAAUCAGGAUGAAGAAAUGGACAGUGAUGUGGAUUGA